AUGACUAGCUUCUUCUCUAGGUCGCCAAGGCAUCAGCAAGCACACGAUAUGGGAGACAUUUCUCAAUCAAUGGAGAAUGUUUCAAUAUCAAGCAAUAUGAUGGACAUCGAUACAAGCUAUAGGUCUCCUGCUCAGAACAAAACCGUUUACGGGACAUACAACUCCAGUCCAACUAGGGGACAGAUCAACAAAGAGAAUAUAACUCCGUUGAACUCGCCAACAAAAUCGAUAUUGCAUAAUUCUCCAGCCGCUGGAGCACAUUAUUCCAAAGGUGGGGCCUACCAAUCACUGCAACCUUCAACUCCUACGCCAGUCCACCAGCGCGAUGUUCUUGCAGCUAGUAACAACAACCAAAACAGGAGACGGACUCUUCAAGAUAAUAUCAAUCAAUUGCAACCACCACCAAGUCAACGGUUCAAGCUCACACAUGAAGAGUUCCAAAAACGCGCUAAUAACCCAAAGACAAAAAGGUUGGCCUCAGUUGCGCAAUUGUACUUUUUGGAUUAUUAUUGUGACAUGUUUGAUUAUGUCAUUAGUAGAAGAGAACGAUCGCAAUUGGUGGAGAACAAACUUCUUACUGACCCAAAUAUCAAUCAAGAUCCUCAAAGACAACAAUUAGAAUGGAAAAGCUAUAUUGGUCGUGAAAGAGCUUUUUUAAGAAAGAGGAGAUUGAAACCCAAACACAAGGACUUUGAAAUGAUCACCCAAGUUGGACAAGGUGGGUAUGGACAAGUGUUUCUAGCUAGAAAGAAAGAUACCCGUGAAAUUUGUGCGUUAAAAGUGUUGAAUAAGAAAUUGCUUGUGAAAUUAGAUGAGACUAGGCACGUUUUAACAGAGAGGGACAUUCUAACAAACACUAGAAGUGAAUGGUUAGUGAAGCUUUUGUACGCAUUUCAAGAUCCAGAAAAAGUGUUUUUGGCUAUGGAGUUUGUACCUGGGGGGGACUUUAGAACAUUGUUGAACAAUACUGGUUAUUUGAUACCACCCCAUGCUAGGUUCUAUAUCAGUGAAAUGUUUGCAGCUGUCAAUUCGCUUCAUGAGUUGGGAUUUACCCAUCGUGAUUUGAAGCCAGAAAACUUUUUGAUUGACUCAAAGGGUCAUAUCAAGCUCACUGAUUUUGGAUUAGCUGCGGGUACUGUGUCGAAUGAUAGAAUUGAAUCCAUGAGAUUAAGGUUGAAAAACUUGGAAGAUUUGGAAGAAUAUCAAGUGCCAUCAAGGAUGAUGAUGGAAAGACAAAAGAUUUUCAAGCAAAGUCAAGGGCAUCACAACUUGGCAAACUCCAUAGUUGGUUCACCUGACUACAUGGCAUUAGAAGUGUUGGAAGGAAAGAGCUAUGAUUACACAAUAGAUUACUGGUCAUUAGGGUGUAUGUUGUUUGAAGCUUUGUGUGGGUACCCACCUUUCUCCGGUUCCAAACAGGAUGAAACAUAUCACAAUUUGAAGAAUUGGAAGACGGCAUUACGCAGACCUCAAACAAAAGAUGGAAGAUACGUUUUCAGUGAUCGUACUUGGGCAUUGAUUACCAAAUUAAUCGCCUCUCCAUCCAACAGAUUGCGUACUUUCAAGCAAGUUCAACAAAUGGCAUAUUUUGCGGAUAUCAAAAGCUGGAAUAACUUGAGAGAACGUACACCACCAUUCACUCCUCAAUUGGAUAAUGAGGAAGAUGCUGGUUAUUUUGAUGACUUUGAGGAUGAAGAAAUGAUGAUGAAAUACAAGGACGUUUUUGCCAGACAGGAGCAAAAUGAACAACUAUUGGAGAGGAGUAAUGUAAAGAGAGUUGGACAAAACAAUUUUAUUGGGUUUACAUUCAAACACAAAUCAAAUCCAAAUAAUAAAUUUGGUGCAGGGGAAAUCAACUUAUUGAAUGUAGGUGGUGCUGUGGAUGCCAAUUCAAGAUUGAAUCCGUUGGCCACUUUAUACUGA